GGAACUAGUGCGAAUAUCCUCGGCUAAAACAGUCAACUGGCCAUGGCUGACUGAGAUUUAAAUGUGACCAACCCGUGGACGGUGUCUGUCUAAGACAGUUGAUGAACUGACAUGGCAGACUUUUCGUGCUACGAUUGGGUAAGCCCAGAGUGGCUUGCCCUCGAAGCAUCCUUACUCCCGGCACCAGUGCCAGAAUUGCCAAUCCCGGAGAUGAAGAGGUUGGCAAACCAAGAACGAGAAGCCAUCGCAAGAAAGUCAAUGAUAAAACUCGCGCCUCAAUUACAGAUGCAGAAUCAUAAGAUUCCCUCCCGCGAUGGGAGUACUAUACUAGCACGGAGUUAUCGACCAGUCAACGCACCAGAAGAAACCUUACUCCCGCUGUACAUUCACUUCCAGGGCGGCGGUUUCAUGGUCGGCACACUGGACGCUGAGGAUGCGAUAUGUGCACGUAUAGCUAUAGGGUCAAAUGUGGCGGUGUUGAAUGUAGAUUACAGACAUACGCCUGAAUUUACGUAUCCGACGCAGUGGAAUGAUGCUGAAGAUGCUUUUGAUUGGGCUCACGAUAACAUGGAUAUGAUGUUCUGGGACCCGAAAAGAGUCAUUAUUGGUGGAACAUCAGCUGGUGCUUGGAUCGCUGCGUCUUUCACAUUGCAAAAACAUCUCAAUCGAGCAACAGAGCGAAGACCUCCCAUCGCAGGCCAGGUUCUCAUGAUACCCUGUCUCGCACACCUCGAUUGCUACGAACCGCAGCUGAAAAGGAUGAAGCACCAAUCUAUCUCAUCUUACAAGACAAACGUGUCAGCGCCGAUGCUAUCCGUCGAAGAACUUCGCUGGUUCACAAGUCUGCUGAACAUCGAGAACCCAAAUGUCAAUGAUCUGAAGAUCAACCCGGGUAAUGCAACGCCAGAACAAGUUGAAGGCAUGCCUCCUACUGUACUUGGUGUAGUAGGCCUGGAUCCUCUUAGAGACGAAGCACUUCUCUAUGCUAAGAUGCUGACAGAAGCUGGUGUUCCAACAGACGUCAAUUUGUUCUUGGGGCUGCCGCACGGGUUUAGAUCGCACGAGGAGAAGAUAUCGGCAUCUGAUCGAUGGGAUCAAGUAAUAGAGGAUGGUGUUGGUUGGAUUUUAUCUGGACCUUCGUCUAGCGAGUUUUAUAUCAAGACAUAAAUUAGAGAAGACAUCUAAGACUAUACAGAAUCAUUUAAACCUUUUUAAAUUGACAACUUGGAG